GAACACAACAAACACAUCACAUCACAACAGCAAAAAUUAAACAAGACCCAACACGCAGGGAAGCCAAGUAAAUGGCAGGUGGAGGAGACGAGAUGAAGCUUCUGAGCACUUGGUUCAGUCCUUUCGGAUCUAGAGUGAAGCUUGCACUCCACCUCAAGGGCCUGAGCUACGAGUACGUCGAGGAGGACCUCACCAACAAGAGCCAGCUCCUCCUCGACAGCAACCCCGUCCACAAGAAGGUCCCCGUGCUAUUCCACAAGGGCAAGGCUCUGUGCGAGUCCAUGGUCAUCGUCGACUACAUUGACGAGGCAUUCGCCGCCGCUGGGCCGCCGCUCCUCCCCUCUGAACCCUACGAACGUGCCAUCGCUCGGUUCUGGGUCGCCUUCAUCGAGACCAAGCUGGUGGAGCCCUGGUUCAAGAUGCUUGACGGCACCAGGACACGAGCGGAGAUGGGCGACGGGGUGAAGCAGAUGCUCGCGGCGGUGGCGACCUUGGAGGGCGCGCUGGCGCAGUGCUCCAAGGGGAGACCCUUCUUCGGCGGCGACAGCGUCGGGAACGUGGACGUCGCGCUGGGCGGGCUCCUGGUGUGGGUGCGCGCGUCCGAGGUGCUGCUCGGCGUCAAGUUCCUCGACGCCGCCAGGACCCCGCUCCUGGCGGCCUGGGCCGACCGCUUCGCGUCGCUUGACGCGGCCAAGGCGGCCCUGCCGGACUUCGGCAGGGUGAUCAAGCACGCCAUGAUGAGGCGGGGCGCGGCGGCAGCCGCUUUGGCAACGAAUAACUGAAUCUACUCGGUUCCUAAUAUUAUGCUAGAUAAAGGGUUUAAGGUGGUGCAUGCGAUGUUAUCGAUUGAGCGCCCCUGUUCUUCUUUGGUGUGAUAUUGUUGCACGUGCGGUACAUAGCAAGAGUGCAACUUGCUUGUGUGGUUACUUGUUAGUGCGUUAGGUAAUGAUCGAUGUAUACGUCCUUCACCUUUUUCUACGCCCUUUUCGUGUGUGUAUGUUUUAAUUAAAAAAUAUAGUCCUAAAAUAUAGAGUUGAGGUCCUGUUUAGAGUUUUCGCUGGAAAUGCUCUGGAGACUAUAAAAAGCUAA